AUGGCUGAUGAAAAUAGAAUCCGUUCGUUCAAGAACAAAGGCAAGGACUCUGAGGAAAUGAGAAGAAGAAGAAUCGGCCAAACAGUAGAACUGAGAAAAGCCAGGAAAGAUGAUCAACUUCUUAAACGUAGAAACAUAUCAGUGGCCGAAGAGGUCACUUCGCCACUACAAGAAAGUAACCAGGCUUCUCCUGGAGCCAUGUCGGCUGAAGAAAUUCUUUACGGAAUGAUGAAUGGAGAUGAAACUGUUCAACUAAGAGCGACUAUGGCUUGCAGAAAGAUUUUAAGUCGCGAAAGGAAUCCCCCGAUUGAUCAUAUGAUAAGAUUGGGAGUUGUGCCAAAGUGUGUCGAGUUUUUGGGAAAAACUCAUAAUCCGGCUUUGCAGUUCGAGGCCUGCUGGGCCCUGACCAACAUCGCGUCCGGCACCUCCGAGCAGACGCUCGCCGUGGUUCACGAAGGCGCCGUGCCCAAGCUGCAGGCGCUGCUGUCGUCGGUGCGCGCCGACGUCGCCGAGCAGGCCGUGUGGGCGCUGGGGAACAUCGCGGGAGACGGGCCCGCCACCCGCGACAUGUGCCUGCAGUGCGGCGUCAUGCCCGACCUCCUCAACCUCAUCAAGCCCGACACGACCAUCUCCUUGCUGAGGAACACCGUGUGGGCCAUGUCGAAUCUGUGCAGGAACAAGAACCCCAGUCCCGACUUCGAACUCGUCAAGAUUGCGUUGCCCACUCUCGCAAAGUUGCUAACCUACGGCGACAAAGAUGUCCUGGCCGACACGUGCUGGGCUUUGAGCUACCUAACAGAUGGAACCAACGAAAAAAUCCAGGCUGUAUUGGAUACCGGAAUGAUCGAAAGACUUGUGCAGCUGUUAUACAGCGAUGUCAAUACUGUGCUGACCCCCGCUCUCAGAGCCGUCGGCAACAUUGUCACCGGAAACGACACACAGACCGACACAGUAAUCGCCGCCGGGUCGCUGAACGUGAUGGGCAAGCUCCUUCAGCACCCGCGGCUCAACAUCGUCAAGGAGGCCGCGUGGACGAUCUCGAACGUGACGGCAGGCAACAGCGAGCAGAUCCAGAAGGUGCUGGACGCCGGCAUCCUGCCGCCGCUGCUGCACGUGCUCCAGACCGGCGACUUCAAGUCGCAGAAGGAGGCGGCGUGGGCCGUCACCAACUACACGAGCGGCGGCACGGUGGCGCAGCUGGCGCGGCUCGUCGAGCUCGGCGCCCUGAAGCCCAUGUGCAACCUGCUCAACUCGAAGGACUACAAGACGGUGGUCGUCGUGCUCGACGGGCUCUGCAACAUCCUUAACGCUGCUAAUAAAAUGGGUGAAGUAGAGAAAGUGGCCAUUUUGAUUGAAGAAUGCGGCGGUUUGGACGGAAUCGAAGCCCUACAAUCGCACGACAACGAAAAGAUUUACGAAAAAGCUCUCAACAUUAUCGAAAAUUACUUUUCUGAGAAUGGAGCUGAAGAUAUGCCAGCCCCAACAACUUCCGAUGGCCAGAUACAAUUCGCCACCCCAACACAAGUGCCUAAUGGUGGAUUCUCCUUUUAA